AUGAAGAUGAUCAGGUCACUGGACAAGGGGAACAGGAACCUCACCAUGGUUCUGUGUGUGAACCAAAUUACUCUGAGCCUCGUCUCCACACGAGGUUUCGCCGUGUCAUUAAGCCAAGGUAUUUUAAGUGACAUCCAGGACCUUGUGAACGUGCACACAACAUUGGAGAUGGACCCUGAGGCUGAAGACCCAGAGAAUAAUGGUCACAUAGUCACUUGGUUGGGCUCAGAUAGUUCCCAGGAACUUUACAUGUCAGACUCCUGCAAUGAAGAUAUUGUGUCUGAUGCUGACCCCUGCUCAGACACACGGCUUACUCAUACUCCAAACACUGAUGCAGAGCUCUCAGAAAGCCCUCCGUCACAAGAACUGGAGUCCCUAUGUAGGCAAAAGUCGCUCCCUGAGAUAAGUGGAAGUCAGGAGAAUGUUUUGAACCAGGAAAUUAAUAGCCAAAAGGUUUGCAAAUCCAAAAGGUGUACCACAGAGUCUCCUCAGAUCAACACCUCACAUUCUUAUGCAGGUCAGGUAUCACGGACGCAGUCUGCCUCGCCUGCCUCCUCCUCCUCCUCUUUUGGCUGUGGGGAUAUGACCCUGGCCUUGAUCCUGACCCCAGAACCACAGGGUGACACAAGGAGUCAAAGCUCAGGGAAUAGGAAGGUUGAAUCUUCAGAGGAAGGAGGGAGCAGUGAAGCACCUCCUGCUCCUGUCUUCUUUGGAAUUUCAGCUGAGGGUGCUGAGCAGGCAGAGAGGUGCAACUCUGAGUCUGACACAGAUCUUUGCAGACCCGACAGGCGCAGGGCAAAGCAUACACGACUCAGCCACGUUGAGAGUCAGUCAGAGAAACACGUCAAGGAGACCAAAUCUAAAUGUAAGCGCAUUGCUCGGCUUCUAACCGAUGCGCCAAACCCUCAAAAUAAGGGAGCCUUACUGUUUAAGAGACGACGUCAGAGGGUUGAGAAGUACACACUUGUGAGCUACGGGACUGGUGUGAAUGAACUUGAUAACGAAGGCCAAAUUGAGGAAGAAACUGAAGAAGCCAGCUCAAUUGGUUUUAACUUUGAGGCAACAAGUGAUUCUGAGCCAGAGGAGAACGUCUUCUAUUGGCGAGAGGAACAUUUUGAUUUGAAUUGGGAGAAUCUUCGAGAAAUGGAGGCACUACCAGAAACCAAAGGAAAGGGUGUUGCGAUGUUUGCCCAACGUCGCCAGCGGAUGGAUGAGCUCGCAGUAGAGCAAGAAGAAUUGAGGCGUAAAAGCUUACUAGUGGAAGCCAUUACAGAGCCUGAACAAACACAGAUACAAAAUAUCUAUGACAUAGAGAAAUCAUAUGCGCAAUCUUCUCAUCAGGCAAAUCAAAAACACAUGGAUAUAGGGCUAAACCAGAACUUACAGUACCAAGAAAACACUCAACAGAUGAACCAUCUCUCUCCUAUUCCAAGACCCUUGGUGCCAAACAGAACAGCUAAGCCCUUCCUAGGAUUUCAAGAUAGCACACCUGCUCCCAUGUCACCUGAUGUUAUUGCCCCAGUGGCAAAGAGGCAUGACCUGAAAUUCAAAGUACCUGUACCUAUUAAUACUAACCCAAAGGUAUGGUCUCCAAGUGGUGACAUAAUUGCCUCAAGAGAUGAACGAAUAUCUGUGCCGGCUAUCAAGACAGGUAUUUUACCAGAGUCAAAACGGAGAGGCUCUAAUAAACAGUCAUCAAUGUCAGAUCAAGCAUCGGAUCAUUACCUACAAUCCAAGGUGGAAAGGAGGUCCUAUAUUGAAUCCGAGGAAGACUUUUUUAGUCUGGGGGCUGAGGCUUGUAACUUCAUGCAACCCCGAUCAGUGAAACUCAAGAAUCCCCCACCAGUUGCCCCAAAGCCUUCAAUCAACCCAAACUGCCCACCUUGGUUAAGGAGGAGUCCUUCUCAUGAUCUUAUUAACCCACCAAGAAGUCCGGUUUCACCAUCUAUGCUUGUUCCUAUGGGGUCUCAUACUCAGCAUUACUCAGAACAGCAAGACUGUUCGCAGGCCCAACAGAUGGCCAACCCAUGGGCACCGGGUAAAACUCUAGCACAACUUCAAAUACUCACUAAUACCUGGACCCCAGUCAACACCUCUCAGUCACCUGUGAGUAUCAAGGCCCGCAGUCCAACCCACAGUUCAUCUCACACACCCUCAUUCUCAGGGAAAAAGUCAUCAAGUGUUGCCAACUCUGUUUUGUCUUGCCCAACUCAAGUAACAAACUCAUUAAAAGCUGCAUCUGCUUAUCCAAGGGGUCGGGCCUCAGACAGAAGUGGUAAUAGUGCUUCUGAUGGCCCAACUCUGAUGGGAAAAGGUGCAGAGCUUUUUGCCAAGAGGCAAUCACGUAUGCAGAAGUUUGUGGUGGAUGGUGAAAAAGUGCAAGCUAAAAAAACAAGAUCCCCCUCCCCUACCCCUUCACUCCCUAACUCUUGGAGAUAUUCCUCCAACAUCCGUGCCCCACCUCCGUUAUCAUACAAUCCCCUCCUUGCACCUUUCUACCCUCCAUCAGCAGCUAAGCAACCUGUUUCCACAAGCCCCAAAAUCCAAGCAAAGACCAAAGGCAAGCCUAAAGCACCCCCAAAGCACCUCAAUACCUUAGAUGUGAUGAAACAUCAGCCUUAUCAGUUGGACUCUUCACUCUUCAGAUAUGAGGCGGUCACUGAGGUCAAAAGCCCAAGCCCCAAAACAUCUCCAGCACCAAUCUCCAAGUUUAAACCAACUUCUAAACGUAGCUCUGCCCCUUCUCACUCCUCCUAUAAUACCUUUGACCAUACUAAUCAGAGCAAGUCAAAAGCCACUGCUAAGUCAACUGGAGCGGGACUUGGCAGAAGCUAUUCCCUAAGCUUGCCGAGGCGGUUUAACUCUGUGCCCUCUCAGAAAUGCCAGUCACCUGUAGGCACACCUGAAUUCCAGCCAAUGUCUGUAUCGGCACAGCGACAAACAUCCUGGCAAGAAAAGACCUUCAAGCCCCCUUCACCGUGGGUGGCAGCAUCCAAAAGCCCCAUUGGUUCAGUGGAUGAGGCCUUUGCUUUCCAAAGCUUCCCGUCAUCUGUUGCAGCUAAUGUCAAAGCUGCGGGUCAGCGAAGAUCUCUACCAGAGCCUCCAGCUGAAUGGAAGUGCCGGGUGUCUCUUGAUGCUCCAGAUGUGAGCAAGGGGCUGUAUCAUCCAGUCCCGGCUUUCCGAGCACUUUCUUUGAGCAGGACUUUAUCAGCAGAGAAGCCAGUUUUCUAUGGGCCUCCCUUUAGACCAGCUCAGCCUCUGAGGUCUGGUGGUAGAGCCUUUAUUGGAUAUAUGGGACAACGCCCAACAAAUUACUCUCCCUUGCUUAGCACAGCCCAGAGAAGUUAAUACCAACCUGAUUCAAAUAAGCAUAAUGAGAGAAAUAUAUGUUCAAAUAAAUGCAAAAGCAAUACCAUAGUAUGCACAUCUUUCAUCCUAAAUCGAUGAUGCAUGUUAUAGGUCAAAAUUAUCCCACAGGAUUGUCAACCCAGAGACAUUUUGACCAUAUAUUUAUUUUCUUGAGGAGAAUUAUGUCUUUCAGGAUGGCAAUUUUCUUAUUAUCAGUUUACACUGGGUCACUUACUAGCUUGAAGAGGAAAACAUGCUUUUACCUGUCAUGAGUUAUUAUUUAUGUAUAGCACGCUUUAAACACUUUUUUCAAAGCACAUAAAAUAUAAAACACUGAUUCAUAAAAUGUAGUGAUAGUUUUUGAUUGAUUGAUUGAUUGAGUGAUUGUAAAGUAAAUUGCCCUGAAAUGGAUCACUAAAAUCUUGUACCAAAAACAAAUUCCACCGGCCUUGGUCAUGUGGCUAAUAAAACAAUCUAAUCUAUUCUAAUCUAAUUAUAAGGCAAUUAAAUAAAAUUUAAUAUUACUAAUUACUCCCUAUAGUUGCUGAUCAAGUCUUACUACUUAAAGCUGUUGCCUUCAGUUUUGAGAUUCCUGGUAGGAUGCAAAAUGAGCCCACACCUUUAAUUAGAUAAAGUAAUUUAGAUUUAUGAUUAAGACCAUUUAGUAUUGAUAAGGUAUGUAAGAUUUAUUAUGUAUAAAUAACAAAUCUUCAUCAUAUCAUACAGUUUUCGAUUCUUAACAAAAGCAGUGAUGCAAAGUAAUGUGUCAUCUAGAAAGGAAUUAAGCCACGCAAAAUGUACAUUAAUGUAAAGUGAAGCAAAUGUUGAAAGGAGACGUGAAGUGAAAUGUUCGGUGAUCCGAUUUUUAACAAGAUGGAGUGGUUUGCUCAAUGAAAACGCCGGUUAAAUUGAAUGUUUGCAAGGGGCGUGGCACCAAGAAGUAAUGCAUAUUCAAAAGUGCUGUGUGAAUUUGCUAGGUUUUUUUUUCAAGUUUUCCACUGCCACACACUGUUGUGACCACUUCUGUAACCACUUUUUAAGUUGAGGUUUUGUAUUUUGUGUGGGUUAUGUAAUUUUCAUGCAGCAAUGGCCACCACUAUGCAUCUACCUAACAUGUCUCUGUCAUCUUUAAAUGCCACAGCGGUGUUCGCUUGCCACAGCGUUCUGAGGAAACCAUGUAAAGCUAAAUGCUAGUAUUUUUACUGAAAUACCAGUUUAUCUCAAAUAUGGAAAUUAUAGAUUGUUCCUCACACCCUCUGGGAAGCUGGCAGCUUGUGGUAAAAACUGGGAUUUCUAUGAUAGUGCAACUUCUGAUCACUGUAUUUUACUUGCCCUCCAUUGCUAAGAGAAUUAACCUUUUGGGUGUGCAUCUUUUGAAUCUUUCCAUCACCAGUGAUAACGUUUGUGGCUUUGCAGUGUUAAGAGUAUUUUCACACCACUUGAUCUUUUUUUUUUUGGAUGUUACUGUCAGUUUUUUUUAGCAACGUUGGCAUUCCCAUUUUUCAGAAAGUAAUUGCCUAUUUCUGCAAAUGGUCUGGCCAUAUAGAUUUGGUUCUUUAAUGAAACAUUAGCGUUUGUACCUUCCAAAAAGCAGAGUUCAAUAAAAUGAAA